UUAAGACAUUGGGGAAGCGGAAGCGGCCUGUUGAUAAUUUAUUCCGCUUUUUUUCUUUUGUGCUUCUUAGUCCUGACUAAUCAAUCUCUCGCUCUCUCUGAAGUAGAACACGAACGUAAGAAACAUGCCUCUGGCAAAAGACUUGCUGCAUCCUUCUCUUGAUGAGGAAAAGAGGCUGCACAAAAAGAAGAGGUUGGUCCAGAGCCCUAACUCCUACUUCAUGGAUGUUAAAUGUCCAGGCUGCUACAAGAUCACCACAGUGUUUAGCCAUGCCCAGACGGUAGUACUGUGCGUAGGCUGUUCCACAGUACUCUGCCAGCCUACAGGAGGAAAGGCCAGGCUGACAGAGGGUUGCUCAUUCAGGAGAAAACUACACUAAAGAUGAUGAAGAUCAAACUGUCACAUUCUAUAUAUAAAUCAUGUAAUUCACAUCACUGAUAAAUGCUUUAUAUGCUGUUCAUUGAUUCCAGUGAAUGCCAAUGUAAAUUUGUAUUCGAUGGAUACAUGGCAGUUUGUAUCUGUUGUGUAAUCUUCACGGUUUUCUGAAUAAAAGCCUUAAAAUGUG